GCAAUGGAACGAAUAUGGUUGCUGCUGCUUCUAACAAUUAGAGUGCCUCCAGGAUCUGCACAGUUCAAUGGCUACAAUUGUGAUGCCAACCUCCACAGUAGGUUUCCUGCUGAAAGAGACAUCAGUGUUUACUGUGGGGUGCAAGCCAUCACAAUGAAGAUUAAUUUUUGCACCGUACUUUUCUCGGGUUAUUCGGAAACAGAUCUGGCCUUGAACGGAAGGCAUGGGGAUUCCCACUGCAAGGGGUUCAUAAAUAACAACACCUUCCCUGCCGUGGUCAUCUUCAUCAUCAAUCUCAGCACCUUGGAGGGCUGUGGAAACAAUUUAGUGGUAUCCACAGUUCCUGGAGUUAGUGCUUAUGGAAAUGCAUCUUCAGUACAAAUAGGAAAUAUUUCAGGAUACAUUGAUACCCCAGAUCCACCAACCAUCAUCAGCUAUCUACCUGGGCUUCUUUACAAAUUUAGUUGUAGUUAUCCAUUGGAAUACCUGGUGAAUAAUACCCAGCUUGCUUCGUCGUCAGCUGCUAUUUCUGUGAGAGAGAACAAUGGCACAUUUGUCAGCACCUUGAACCUGCUCCUUUAUAACGAUUCAACCUACGAAGAGCAGCUAAUUAUCCCGAGCAUAGGAUUACCCUUGAAAACCAAAGUAUUUGCAGCUGUACAAGCCACUAAUCUGGAUGGCAGAUGGAAUGUCUUAAUGGAUUAUUGCUACACCACCCCAUCAGGGAACCCAAAUGAUGAUAUACGAUAUGAUCUCUUCCUUAGCUGUGACAAAGAUCCUCAGACCACCGUCAUUGAAAAUGGCCGAAGCCAGCAGGGUCGGUUUUCAUUUGAAGUAUUCCGAUUUGUGAAACACAAGAAUCAGAAAAUGUCUACUGUUUUCCUGCACUGUGUUACGAAGCUCUGCAGAGCCGAGGACUGCCCCUUCCUCAUGCCAAUUUGCAGCCACAGAGAAAGGAGAGAUGCAGGGCGGAGGACAACUUGGAGCCCUCAGAGCACUUCUGGAAACGCAGUCCUCUCCGCUGGUCCCAUCAUUACUCGGAGUGAAGAGACUCCAACCAACAAUUCACAGCUUGGUUCUCCAAGUGAACCUCCUUUCCAGCUGAACUCCAUCACCAGUGCACUGAUAUCAGGCAUGGUCAUCCUGGGAGUCAUGAGCUUUUCUCUGCUCCUUUGUUCACUGGCCCUUCUACACAGGAAGGAACCCACCAGUUUGGUGUUGAAUGGCAUCAGAAACCCAGUCUUCGAAUGACUAUUAUAGGUCCUUGCUCUCAGAAGAAGCCUUCACUGACUAUAUGUGUGUGGCUCAGUCAGUGUUCCAUCUGAACUGAGUGCCAGCCAGCACUUGUUAUGUGUAGGCUUGUUAGAUGUAAUAGUGUAGCUCAUUAGCAUGAUGAUAGUGAAAGAAUUUUGAUAGUACUGCUCUUGUCAUUUGUGUAUGUGGUCAGCCCUAUUUGUAUGGCAACAGAUGGGUAUACUAACAAUCAGUAAAAAGUAUUCAGGACUUAGAUCUUACAGGAUCAGUCAUAUUUCUUUUUAUGUGAAUUUUCUUUUGAUUAUUGAUUAUGGAGAUAAAAGAUGGGGUUAGAAAAAAAUUGUUGCAUUUUUUUCCCCAAGAAGCCCAAUGUGAUGGCAUUUAGAUUUACAUAUGUAGUCCUAAAAUAAAAGUUGCUUUUGUUUAAUCCCAGCUAAUUCCAGCUUGGGGAUUUGUUUUAAUUCGAUUGGCCAAUUUGGACACCUGAGAUUUAAUUACUCAUUCUAUGACCUGUGUUUUUUGGCUGAUGUCCAUGUCUGAUGAUAUUCAUUUUAAAAGAAACUCUUGGGAUAUGUAUUUUAACCUGGAACAUCCAUUUGAGUAGCAAAUAGCAGAGAUAGUUGUUAACUUCCAAAGGAUAUUAAAACCAAAAAGAAACCAAACCCAUUGCCUUCGAGUCAAUUCCAACUCAUAUAGACCCUAUAAGACACAGUAGAACUGCCCCACAAGGUUUCCAAGGAACGGCUGGUGAAUUCGAGCUGCCGACCUUUUGGUUAGCAGCCAAGCUCUUAACCACCAUGCCCAAGUGAACCCUAAAUCAUUAUUCAUUUGGAUAAAAUGGCUGUGAUCAGUUUUCUCCUUCUGGUUCAUGUGAAAAUAUCAACACAUGUUAACUCUCCUCCCAGGUAAACAAUUCAGUUACUAUCACAGCUGUGCUUCCAGCAGUGAGGCGACUUUGCAAAGAUUAUUCUUAAUUCAACAAUCAGUACAUGGAAAACAAAUUGUGAUUGUGGGAGGAGGACAUUGUCACCACCAUGUAAGCAUAAUGUUCCUGUGUGGGUUUCUAACAACUUCUUGUCUCCUUUUUCCCCUAGAACAAAGAGGAAACUUAAGGUGUCAUAAUUGCUAUAUAAUAGUGUUUUCCUCUAAUAGUAAACUUCAAGAAGCUUUUGAUCCUUUAUCAGUUUUGCAGAAACAAAACAAAACAAGCCAAGUUUUAAUUAGUCCAUGUUCUUAAAAACACACACACACAAACCCCCAAACUUUCCCUGUGUUCAAGCCAAGCCAUAUACACAAUUGAAGACAUAAAACAAUUCAGUGACAAACACCUAAACUCAGCAUGUACAGUGACUUGAAGUGCCACAUUAACUAUAAAAGUUGCCACAGAAAUGAAUUUCUAUUCAACAUUUGUGACCCAUUAUAAAGGACUAAAUUUACUCCACCACAUGCAAAUCACUAUACAACUUUAGAUUUGUUUCAAAUGAAGUAUUUACACUCUGAAUUUAAUAAUUAAUCAUCAAAUCAAAAAAGCUUUUCUUCAAUUUGCCUGAAUAUUUCAGGAGAAAGUGUUCAGAUUAUGAGGAUUAUUGCCUUUGCCUACUAUUUCAAGGUAUAGACACAGCCAAACUGAAAUGAGAACUGGAAUUCACUGGAUAAAUUUCUUUAAUAUAGAAAAAGUGUAAAUCACUUAGGGAGUCAGUUUACUCUUUCCUCUGUUAUUCAAAAAUGACUUUGAAGAGACCAUUCUGAACUUUAUCUGCUUUAAAAAUUUACUUUCUAACUAAAACAGAAAAAAUCCUACA